CGUUUACUCACAAGGAAAAAACAAUUGAGCUUUAAUGGCUUCUCAAUUAUCUUCCCUUUUCUUUCAAUUCAUUUUCAUUUCUGUCUUUGCCUUUGCUACCACUCUAGCCAAAGUCCUUGCAAACGAAACCUUUGAAUUCAUCAAUGAAGGUGAGUUCGGAGAUCGGAUUAUCGAAUACGACGCUAGCUAUCGAGUGAUCCGAAACGAUGUGUACACCUUUUACACCUACCCUUUUCGCCUUUGCUUCUAUAAUACCACUCCUGAUGCUUACAUUUUUGCCAUGCGAGCUGGCAUUCCCAACGACGAAAGCCUAAUGAGAUGGGUGUGGGACGCUAACCGGAACGAUCCGGUUCAUGAAAAUGCCACCCUCAAAUUUGGCGAGGACGGGAAUUUCAUGUUGGCGGAUGCGGAUGGUCGUGUCGUGUGGCAAACCAAUACGGCUAACAAAGGUGUCACUGGGAUUAGGUUACUACCAAAUGGUAACUUGGUACUGUUUGAUAAAAAUGGGAAAUUUAUUUGGCAAAGCUUUGAUUACCCUACUGAUACUUUGUUGGUGGGUCAAUCGGUUAAAAUCAACGGUCGGAACAAGCUUGUUAGCCGGAAAUCUGACAUGGACGGCUCCGAUGGACCGUAUAGUCUGAUACUAGACCAUAAUGGGUUCAUUAUGUAUCUAAAUAAUUUGGGCCAGCAACUUAUUUACGGGGGCUGGCCUACAAAGGAUUUUGCUGACAUUGUGACAUUUGCCGCCGAGCCUGUUGACGUUAAUGAAACAAAUACCCCUUACGAGUUGGUGUUAGGUUUAACACAUCUACAAGCUCAACCGAGCACUUCCCCGGCAGGCAACGGCCGGCGACUCCUCCAAGUUCGUCCGAUAGGUGGAGGCAGCACAAUAAACCUUAAUAAAGUCAACUACAAUGGCACAUAUUCAUUCUUAAGACUCGGAUCCGAUGGAAACCUAAGGGCUUUCACAUAUUUUCCCCCAGCGAGUUACUUAAAAUGGGAAGAGAGCUUUGCUUUCUUCUCAAGUUACUUCGUUAGGGAAUGCGCUUUGCCAUCCAAGUGCGGUACAUACGGGUUAUGUGACAAGAGAAUGUGCGUGGCUUGCCCAAGCCCGAACGGGCUGUUGGGUUGGAGCGAAAGCUGUAAACCACCGAAGCCGGUACCUUGCCGGGCCGGAGCUAAGUUCGAUUACUACAAAAUCCUGGGGGUGGAACAUUUUUUGAACCCAUAUUUGGAUGAUGGUGAAGGUCCAAUGAAGGUUGAAAAAUGCAGGGACAAAUGCAGCAAAGAUUGCAAAUGUAAGGGAUUCAUUUACAAGGAAGAUACAUCAAGGUGCUUAACGGCUCCGGUGCUUGGGACUUUGAUCAAAGAUGUGAAUACUACAUCUGUGGGAUAUAUUAAGUACUCAAAGUAGAUUUAAUUAUUUUGUGAUUUUGUAUUAAAGUUUGGUGAAAAUUAAGUUUAUUUAUUGAGUAUUAGGUCAUUAAGAACUCAAAUAAUUUCGUGUAAUGCUUAAAUAAAUGAUAAAAUGUCGUAUGCGUUUAAGUACAA